CCGCCACACCUCCCCCGUCGGCUCGGCACCCGCUGCCCGCCGAGAGGCUGUGCCCCGCCAUGGAGCAGGGGCCGGCGGGGGGGCCUGCAGCAGCCGUGUCCGCCGCGGGUGUGUUGGUGCCUCUGAGCGAGAGCGAGCAGCAGCGCUACUCGGAGCUCUUCUCGCGGUGCUGCCCGCCCCCCGAGGCGGCCGCCGGGGGCAGCAGCGUGGGGGAACUAUUCCGGGCCUCGCAGCUGCCCCCAGACACGCUGCACCAGAUCACAGAAGUUUGUGGAGCCAAACGCGUGGGCUAUUUUGGUCCUGCUCAGUUUUACAUUGCUUUGAAGUUAAUUGCGGCAGCACAAUCAGGGUUCCCAGUACGGAUUGAGAGCAUUAAGAAUGAAUUGCCUCUGCCACGGUUCAUGGCACUGAAAAAUGACAGCGAAGUACGCUAUGGGACUCCAGCAGAGCUCCAUGGAGUUAAGUUUCAGGCUCCACAUGCAACUCUGGAAAAAAAUUCCUACAAAAGAACAGAUGAAGGAGACAAACAGGAACCCAAGUCUCCACCAAUGUCUCCGAUCUGUUCACCUCCUGCUUCUCCGUCUACCUACCAGAAAACACCCUUAACUUAUGGAUAUGGUAAAUCAAGAAGUGGGCUGGAGCAGCAGCAUGGAGCUCCCUAUGAAGUCAGACACUCUACUCACCAGCAAGAUGGAUCGUCAUCAGGGAAUUACGGGGCCAAACCUGCUCUCGCAUGUUCAACUCUUAGUCGGUCUCUUUCAGUGGAGCGGGAGCAGCCGGACAGCAGUGCCCAUUACUCAGAUGACCCUUGGAGGAUAACCGAAGAGCAGAGAGACUACUAUGUCAACCAGUUCAAGUCCCUGCAGCCCGAUCUGAACUCCUUUAUUUCAGGUUCCGUUGCAAAGAAUUUCUUCACGAAAUCAAAGCUGCCCAUCCCAGAGCUUUCUCACAUCUGGGAGCUGAGUGAUGUGGAUUGCGAUGGGGCUCUGACACUCCCUGAGUUUUGUGCUGCUUUCCAUCUGGUGGUUGCAAGGAAGAAUGGUUACCAGUUGCCUGAGACACUGCCUGAGACACUGCUGCCAGACUACCUCCAAGCAGCCUCCUUGAAGCCUCUGCGUGAGUGUGCGCUGUUCGAUUCUUACUCUGAGCCAUUGCCCGGCAGCCAGCCGACUCGGGAUUUCAGCCGGAUGGAGAAGACAUCAUCUGAGGAGGUACCUGAUAACUCUGCCCUGGUGAAAGACACAAGCAAAGAUGACAAACAAGCUCUUAAAGUAAACACUGCUGUCAAAGCGAUACCAAAGGAAUUUCAGCACUUGACUGUGAAAACAGCUGCUCAGGAACCUCAUGCACUUAAAGCCAGACCCAGAUCCAGGUCUUAUUCUAGCACAUCCAUAGAAGAUGCCAUGAAAAAGGGAGAAGAGCCCCCUACUCCACCUCCAAGGCCACAGAAAUCACAUUCCAGAGCUUCCUCUUUGGAUCUAAACAAAAUAUUUCAACAGAACACUCAAGCUGUGAGGUCUGGCUGGCUGCCCCCACCACCACCCGCGUUGCCCCCUCGACCUUCUGUAUCUCAGACAGAGCAAGUAUCUGAGGUUGAAUUACAUCCUCAGAUGAAUAGACCCCAGUCCCAGGCAGAAGAAAACAGCUCAGCAAAAAAGGAGGUUGUUCUUGCUCAGCCGCCCUCCAAACCAGCCCGCAGGAAGCUCCGGACAGAGGUGCAGGGGCUGGAGAACCCCGAGCUAUCUCCUACACUAAAUGUGACCUCUUCCCUGCCGGCAGCGAAGCCUCACCUCCCAGUCCAAAAACAGUCUUCCAAGCAGAAAAGGGCUAUUCAGACUGCUAUACGAAAAAACAAAGAAGCCAAUGCUGUGCUCGCCAGGUUAAACAGUGAGCUCCAGCAGCAGCUGAAGGAGGUCCACAAGGAACGAAUUGCCUUGGAAACGCAGCUGGAGCAGCUUCGCCCUGUAACCGUCUUGUGACCUCCAGCACACUGUGCAGCAGCAGAGCACGUGCACCAACAGCCUUGUAACCACUGAGGUGACCACAGUGGGGUGCCCGGCUUGCCUUCUGCACCCUGCUGUACCUGCUUGCCUCUGCAGAUGGAGAAGGUACAGAAAGCAAAUACCAAACUGUCAGAUGGUUCUGGGCUGGUGCUCUGCCCUCUUCCCUCCCUCUUUCCAGCCUAACGUGUAAAUGCAGUUUGCCACUGAAAUGAAUGAGAGUAUUUUAUUUAUGCCAAGAAUCGCCGAUUUAUACAUAUUCUUGCAAUGCCUCCUAUCCCAAAUAUUAAGAGGUACAUAAUUCCAGAAUUGGUGUUUAAAUGUAAAACCCAUCCUCUGAGAUGGGUUCCUGGAUGUUACCAGUUCCUGUAGGGUGGUAGAGGACCUGUGGAUUGAAAGCACAGCAGGAAUCCAACUCAUUAGAGGAAGAGUCUCUACCCGCAAUCAUGUGUCAGAUAAUUAUUUUCUUAGUGCUGUUUAUUAUUCAAUCACAGAUGUAUUUUAAUGUUAGAGAACUUGUAUUUUAUAAGUUACAAAUCAAAAGAGAGAACAGUAAAAAUAUUAAAUUUUUAUUAUUUUGGAAAUUACAAAAAAAAGAAAAAAAAUCUGUUUUUUGAGCUAUAACUCUUUCCUAUCACCCAUAUUUGAUCACUUGCUUGCAACUGACGGUGUCUCUGCAUAAAAGAUUUCUUUAAACCAACAGUGUAUUUCUAACAAGAGGUUAAAAAUGCGUUCUGGGCAUUUUUAUUUUUUUUUUUUGUAAAAGCUGUCCUAAGUAUAUUUGUAUUGGUCUGCUUUGUUGUUUUAACAGCUGCUAAUUUGUUUUAAGGACAUGUGCAAGAACUGUAUUUCCAAAAGAAGAGAGAAAAACUGAAGCACAUGAGAUUGUAAAAUGUAUAAUGGAAACAAUUGCUUUGUACAGCAGGCUUUCAUUAAGGUUCUGUUGCACCUCACUAGAGAUAUCGCUGAUAGGAUGAAGCUGUUAAUGCCCAUCUGGUUUUCAAAUGAAGAAAUAAAGAUUAGUAGUAUUAUUGUUUUUACCUGGUCUGCUCCAGGGCCAGUUGUACUCUGUGGAAGGUUUUCAUGGGUACAGUGGUCGCUGGCUUUAAUCUCAGUUCUCAUGAUGGAAGCUGUCUAAUUCACGUUGCUUUAUCUCUUAAGGGGCCAGUAUUUUUAUACUGGGUGAUUUCAGACAUAUUAUCAACCUUGCUCCCUUCAUGGACAUGAUGUGUGCUGUGCUGCUAGGGAAUGUAACCUACUUGUUAGUCAUCUUAAAUGCAGUGCUGCAUGUGUUUUGUAUCCAGUUGUUUAUUGAUUUAAGUAUAAACCUUGCAAAAACUUUGCAACACACUGGGGGCUUUUCUUGACCAUUUUUGGUCUUACACAUUCUCCCGUUAGCUGUAGGAUGGCUCUGGGGUAGAGAGGAAGGAGGAGCAAAUUUGAAAUAACUUGGUGGCCUCCCUUUGGGCUGUGUCAUAGCAUGGCUGCAGUGAGAUAUUGGAGGACAUCAGAGCAGCCAGGAGUUUUGUUUGGAGAUAAGUAAGAAUGACACCAACAGGAAAGUGUAAAGUGAUGAGGAAACAUUAUUUUUGCUGGAAUGGUUGCAGAUGUGGGAUAUGGAUUCAGAAGUGUAAAAGUUGGAAAUAAGUGUUUGCAGAAUUGUUAACAAAAAUCUGUGUUUUUUUUUUAACACAUUGCUUUUGAUUCAACUAAACAUCACUGUGUGAAUGAUCAACAUUUCUCCAGGUUUGGAACUUUUUUUGUGGGACUGUUGCUUAGCUGGUGUCAGACGUUUCUGAUCAGUGACAAAACAUGAGAGCCGCAGACACUUGGGAAGCUGCAAAAGAGUUAUUGUCCAUGUGCUAUCAGCAGUGCUGUUUGAAAACUAACAUCGUUUAUUUGUAACAUUGAGUCAUUCCUGAAAUUUUAAUUAGGUUAAGUGCUCUUCUAUGUUUGCGUUUUAGUUCUCGUGUUGUCAUUUGGUUAAUAAACCCCCGCUAUUAAAUUGGAAAUAACCAUAUG